CUUCCUCUUUUUGUCAUUCCAGCGUGAUCUUAGCUCGUGCUUUUGCCCUUUUUUCAUUUUCCUUUAAGCUCUCACUCUAUUUAUCAUCAACUUAUUACAACAAACACAACCUUAAAGGACAAAGAUAGAGCUGAGGCGGAAGCUAGAGACCGAAACCCUCUGAUCUUUCUCUCUAACAACUUAAAACAAAACCCUUUUGUUGUUCGAUCUCUCGAUUUUAUGAGGAUUUUUUGUUCUUAGCUCUCCCCGAUACGUAGUCAAAGGUUGUCUACUUGUCUCGAUCUCAAAGCAAGAAAAGGUGGAUAAACGGCAUGGAAAACGCCCACUUCCAAUGGAUGCACCGCCGGAGAAAACCCACGACUUCGAUUCUUACUCCUCCGCCGCCACCGAUACCGGAAUCGUAACCUCCGCUUCGCCGUCGCCCACCGCCGCUCAACCGGUGCAAGAACAAGGAAACGUGAGACGACAUUAUAGAGGCGUAAGGCAGAGGCCGUGGGGCAAAUGGGCGGCGGAGAUUCGUGACCCGAAAAAAGCGGCUAGAGUUUGGCUGGGAACAUUCGACACAGCUGAGGAUGCAGCUCUUGCAUACGAUGAUGCUGCUCUUAAGUUCAAGGGUUCCAAAGCCAAGCUCAAUUUCCCGGAAAGGGUUCAAGGAAAAACGGAGCUCCGCUACGUCAGCACUGGCGGCGGAGGGAGCCAUAACGCCGCCGGUGGCGGCGGAGGAGCUUCUUCCGCCGUCGAUCACUACAUUCCCGGCCACCACCAACUGCCGGUGUCAGCAACCAUGACGCCGCCGGAAGCCUACCCGUACCUCCAGCAAUACGCGCAGCUGCUUUCCAGCUCCGACGCAGAAUUCCCUUACUUGACUUCAGCUCUUUAUAAUAAUCAAGCUAGUUUAAUGCAACCGUCGUCUUUGCCGCCGCAGGCGACGGCGGCGUUUCCGCCGCCCACGGCGCCGUCGCAACAAGAUUAUUUCCCGUAUUUUCCGUCGCAGUUUGAGAAUUUUCCUAGUUCGGAUUAUCAACAUUAUUACAGCAAGGGUUUUGAUGAUCCAAACAACCCGAAUCCGAAUGAUGACUAGUUGUUUUUUUGUAUGAAUUUGUACCAUGCAUCAUACAAAAUGCAUGAUUUUGAUGGCAAGUUUCUACUAAAUGCAUGUUUAUUUCUUGAAUGCAAGUCUAUAUAUAUACAAUA